AAGCCUGCAGUGUCGCUUUGUUCGUGUCUUUCUCUACAUGUCAUGAGCGCGAGAUAGUGUGUGUCGACCCUGGCUCGAAAGAGUUGAGUUCGGAAGUCUCCAACGUAGCUGACAUUUGCUAGUUGAGCGUUCCUGCAUUUCGUAUGGCAGAAAAAGCAGCAGUAACAGAAACCGAGCCUACGAUGGAAAAAAUGGAUGCUGCUUCUGCAGGCUCGUAUGUGUCGCGCAUUCAAAACAUGAAGGAAUGGAUCAAUGAUCGGCGGAAAACCGUCCAGCCCUGGGGAGAAUUCAUCAACAACAAGGCAUCCCGACCCAAGUCAACGGGAGCAGCUUUGAGUCGUCUGCGCUUGAACCUGGUGCGCUUUCAGAGCAACUACCUGUUCGUGUGCCUCGGAUUGGCUGUAUACUGUGUAAUCUCAUCGCCCAUGCUUCUCAUCGCCUUGUUCAUCACUGCCAUUGCGCAUCAUUUCAUCGGUGUUCGACUUGCCGCCCAACCUAUUCGCGUACUGGGACGUGACUUCACCACCAAUGAUCAUCUCAUGCUGACAGCUCUUAUUGCUAUACCACUACUCUUCCUGUCGUCUGCCGGCUCAGCCACACUGUGGAUCAUUGGUGCAUCUGUUGUCCUCGUUUCGUUGCACUCUCUCCUAAUGCCCACAGAAGAGGAGUCAUCUGGGUUUGAAUUGGAUAUGGACGAAGAGGUAUAAUCUGCUAGGCACGCCUGGACACGCCUGGACACCAGGUUAUUUCUCCAUAAAACCCAACGCAGCAAGCAGGCUUGUUUUGCCUCCUCCGGUGGUCAACAUGAUGCAAGCAACUCCACCGUCAGACCAGGCACAAAGGAUGCCUCCACGCGCAAUGUCCUAAAUGUCCGCAUGGUGCACUUGUCUUUGGCCAGGUCACUCCAGGCCAGGCUAAUGCCCUUCAGAGCAAUGACUUGCACAACAACCUCCCCUGUCAAUAAUCAAGUGAUGCCUGCAAUCUUCUGGCACUCUGCUAAAACGUGUCUUCAUGUAAAACUCAUAAAACGAUAGCUAUGGUUAUACUCUAUCAUUCAGUCUUAGUCCUGGUGACCUGUCAUCAUUCAUUCUCCAUGAAGUUCCUAUUCCGUUUUCAGUGCUUUGUUUAUUUUUUAGUAGUAUUAUAAUUCAAUCAAACGAUCAUCUAGGCUUGCA